AUGUCUCAGGACUUUCGCAGGUCGUCUGUCGGUCGGCGCUUAAAGAACAGCAGCAAGGACUCUGGCCGCCGUAUUCAGCCCAAGUCCAAAGCCAGCAUCGCCCUCGUCGAGCAUGACCAAGCUCGCAGCUUCGCCUUACGAACCGCCUACCUCCACUACCUCCUCCAGCCGAAAGCGAAGCGAAAGCAAUAUGUCGCCGCCUCCAAGCCCCCGGCGCGCACGCACAAGGGCGCCGUCCAGCUCGUACAGGAAUACGUGUCUGGCGGCUCUGUUGGCAGUUCCGCUCUCAAGCUCCCCAGCAGCUUCCCCUCCGCCCUUCUCCUUCGUGUCGCCGGCGUCUUGAAGGGAUCGGAGCGCUUACCGGGCUUCAACGAUGCUGCCGUCAAGCGUAGUUUCGCAGAAGCCUAUACCGCCUUUUCCGAGGCCAACUUUAAAACGUCCGUUGAAAAGGAACGCAAGUUCGAACCCUUGAUUCUCAUGUUUUAUUCUUCCGCUUCAAAAGCUGCCUCAAAAGGUCGCAUCCCCGACGAUGAUUCCUGGAAGCUGCUGCCCGAUCGCCAUCUGGCAAUGUUUAUCCGCCUCGCUGCUGCUAUUCUUCGAGACCACGGCCACGAGCGCGACAAGUCCGAUUUGAUCUCCAGGUUGACCAGCCUGGAAAGCAAGCUCUUGACAAACGACCAAGAUCUCAUCAGCUCUGGCUCAGAUGCUGCGGGCGCCACCAUCGAGGUUGUUGUGCCUCUAAGUUAUGACGUCAAGGACAUGCCCAUGGUCCAAAUUGUCGCCGGCAUAUUUGGACUCAGCCUCUCCGAUGUACAGGCCGAAAUAGAUGAAAAGCGCAACAUUUGGACCGAGGAAGCAGCUCUUCGAGACCUCAAGACGUACCAGCAGAGACUCGUCUCCAACGGACCUGGUGCUCUUCGCAGCGACGACUUUGACGUCGAGGACUCUUUUACUGAGUGGCAGAAGUCGGAGGCCCAUUUCCUGUCCCAGAUGAUGAUGGACAUCCUGACCGCAAAACCUGAGCUCAAGUCAUCCUCGUCUGGCGACAAACCGCUGCCGAGUCGGCCACAAUCAAUGUACGGCGAGGACCAAGCCUACGCCGACCUUAGCCGCGCCAUUUCCUCGAUAGAUACCUCUCUUGGAUUUGACCCAUUGGCCUCCCUCUCCACCAUCUCUAGCGAUGCUAGUAGUAUACGGACUGUCGACGAAGGCAGCUUAUACACCUUCACACCCUCCGACCCGCGAGCAUUUUACAAAUACAUUCUCCAGCAUGCCAUGACAUUUGACCAGCUGCAUGCUGAUCCUUCCGUCGACUACCAUCCCCUCUCUAAGCAAUCUAUGGACCUCAUGACAGAGCUUGGCGUCCGCUGGCGACUACCGCAGUCUUCGAGAUUAAUCGCGCUGCUCGAGGUUGCCGCGCGCAAGUUUUUGGAUCAGGAGAUUGUGCCCGAAGAGCUCGAUACCAUCCUGGAUUUCGUCAAAACACCCCAGCCAGAACCAAAAAAGGCACCGUAUAUCCAGAACUACUCAUUGCCCUUGACAGAGAUACCGCCUAGCAAGUGGACCAUGCACGAUUUUGCGGUCUACCAAAGCAUGUUCCACUCCAUUCACGACGCUACUCUACGCGAGCUUUACGAUAUCAUGGCUCAGUGCUACGAUAGCAAGCCCCCCAAUAUCGGCGCUGUCAUGUUCAUCCUUGAGAAUCACAUCUACCAGGAUGAGAUAUUCACUCCGAGAUCGGAGUCAAUCGCCGAAUUUACAGAGUAUCUUACCACUGCCCUGCGCAACAAAGCGGUCGAGGUAUAUCGCGAGAACAUGCGCAAAGAGAUCCCGGUCGUCAAGGAGGAGUGGGAGUUUGUCCAUGUUGUAAAACUCGGCAAGACGAUUACAAAGCUUUGUGACCGCAUCGGUAAAAGGUACAAAAAUAACCAAACCAUCAUGGGCGUGGACCCCUUUGCAAUUCUGGUAGAGGAGAUUUUCCCUAAUUUUGAGAGCGAUGCCGGCGCCAUCCUCGAAACCAUUAUUGGACAAGCGCAAGUCAGUGGUGAAGACAUUGACAUUGAAGAUGGGUUUGAGCUCUACAAGGAGCUUGUUGCCAUUCGACGCAUCCACCACAAAUAUCUACCCAACAAGGUAUUCACAUUCAAUAUCGAGAAUUUGCUUGUCGACUUCGUCUGGCGGUGGAUUCGCUCUGCUGAAGCAAAAAUGACAGACUAUGUCGACGAGGCAAUCAAACAAGAUCAGUUUCAAGUCCGCACUGAGCAUGCCGACCACCUCGCGCGCGACUCAGAGAGACAUAGCGUGUCUGUUAUCGAUCUGUUCAUGCUAUUCAAUCAGACAGUGGACCAGGUCUUUAAACUGGAGUGGGACAAUGACGAGCAUCAUGCUCGAUUCAUGACAGCUCUUGCCCGUAGCUUCUCUGCCGGCUUGGGCCGUUACUGCGAAGUUCUUGAGCAACGCUUCACCAAGGAAAUGGACCGCCCCUCGGCUGAGGAGAUUGCUAUGCAGACCAAGUCCACCCAAGAAAAGUGGAUGCAAUAUGCUAAAGACGCCUGGAACAACAAAGAAAAGGCAGAGCCGUUCCAGUUCUUUGCCGAGUCUUUUGUCAAGCUUAACAACAUCGAGUAUGUCAUGCAGGAACUUGAUAAGCUGGAAACGAGCAUGAACUCGGAUGCCUGUGCUGAAUUGCUGGAGAAGAUCGACGGGCCUAAGAAGCAAACGCGAAAGCCAAACAAGUAUACUUUCACCGUUAAGGUUGUUGAAGCAGAAGACCUCAAGCCUUGCGAUCCUAGCGGCUACAGCGACCCCUACGUUGUCUUUGGAGAUGAGUUCCAGAAGCGUCUAUACAAGACGCGCAUCAUUUAUCGCAACCUCAACCCGCGCUGGGAUGAGUCAUUCGAGUUUACUGCUCAGGGCCCAGUGAAUCUCAUUGCCACUGUUUGGGACUAUGAUACAUUUGGAGACCACGAUUAUGUUGGCCGAACGUCGUUGAAGAUCGACCCGGCCCAUUUUGGUGACUACCUCCCGCGAGAAUUCUGGCUGGACCUGGACUCUCAGGGCCGAAUGCUUAUCCGAGUAAGCAUGGAAGGCGAGCGAGACGAUAUUCAGUUCCACUUUGGCAAAGCUUUUCGCCAUCUUAAGAGAGCCGAGCGAGAUAUGGUGCGCAAGAUUACUGACAAGCUUACAAGUCAAAUCAACUCGACGCUGUCUGUCGAGACGCUACGCGGCCUUCUGGGGGUCAAUGGCCUUAGUUCGCAGGUUACUAGCCUUUGGAAGAAACUCAUGACACGACUGUGGAAAGAAGUCCUAAUGACGAUUGAGAACCUGCUGGUUCCACCUGUCUCCGACAAGCCAUCCACGCAGAAAGCUCUCGGCAGAAAGGAACUGGACAUUGUCUACCACUGGCUUGAGCUGCUGUUUGGUUUCUUCAACGCCAGGGAAGAGCACUCUGGCGAGCAGCUCGGCGUCCCCGCCGAGGUGCUCAAGUCGCCUAAGUGGCACGAGCUGGCGUCGCUCAACUUCUUUUACUUUGAAGACACCAGCAGCCUCAUCCGGGAGUCGGAACGCAUGGCGUCGGCUACCGCUCAGCGUGCCCACCAAGCUCUCCAGCAAAACCAGCAAAUGGCACGCCACUCAGCCCCCCCCGGGUUCGGCGCAGCGCUGGGCGGCGCGGGUGCUUUUGCCAGUAUGGGCACGAUUCGUCGCGGCAAGAGCAUUAUGAUGAGCCGCAAUCUUGGCACCAUGCGGAAAGCCAAGGAGGCGAAGCGCCGCGAGACGCAGGCCGACCCGAGCGACGACAUGAUUCUGCGCAUCCUCAGAAUGCGCCCCGAAGCGGCGCCCUAUCUUAGGGAACGCCACAGGCAAAAGGAGCGCCAGGCGGCGACGGCGGCGGCUGCCUUGAUUGUCAAGAACUCGGUCACGCUGAACUGGAAUACGGGCCUGGGGGCCAAUGCAGCCGCGAACCACUUUGGCAAAAUCAAUUUACCUAGGCGGUGA